AAGGAGGCAACAAUCUGUUGUCUUGUUCUUUGUAUAAUACUUGCUCUAUUUCUGGACUGCAAUUCAUUCAUAUUCAGUAAGUUCAGUGUAGGAUGUAGUAGUGAGCCGUUGACAGUGGAUUCAGAACCAUUGACUCUCAUGACUUCAUGGCAACUUCAAGAGAAAGCUCUCUUCGAAGCCAGGACUCCAAGUACGACAACCCUGAUCCAUCCGCCAUCCCACUUUGGAGUCAUCCGGAUCCCAGAUUUGCCUUUCCAAUGGUUGAUAUGGAUCCUGAAGGCAUUGUGGCUGAGACCGAAUACAAGCAUCGGGGCCGGAUCGAAACGGCCUUUCAUCAAACACAAACCAAGCUGGUUAUUGGUGGCGGAUUGGCCCUGGUUGUGUUGAUCUUUGGGAUUGUUUUGAUUGCGUCAUCGGUCCACACGAUUGAAGAGGGCAAUGUGGGUAUCUACUAUCGAUUGGGGUCGCUUCAAGAGUUCCACUCGUUACCGGGUGUCAAUUGGAAGGCCCCGUUCAUCACCACCAUGGAAGAGGUCAUGGUGAGGCCAGCCACGGAUGAGAUCGAAUCUGUGAGUGCGGUCACCAAGGACGGCAUUCAAAUCUCGUUCUUCAAGAUCCAGGUGAUCUCCAAUGUCGAGAUUGACUUAUUGAUCACACUGAUCAAGAAAUUCGGCAUCGACUUCAAGCGUGCUCUGAUUUUCGAUCGUAUCUCGGAGGAGUUGCGAACCUCGUGUGCCUCUCAAAACAUUGACGAGGUCUACAACUCGGAGUUUCUCAAAAUAGCUCCCACCGUAAAGACCAAUGUCGAGACGAGCAUCAAGCGACUCGGUCUGGAUGGAAUUCGCAUACUCAAUCUGGUCAUCCCCAAGCCGGACAUUCCCUCCGACAUCGCUCAGAAUUACAAACAGGUGAAAGUCCAGUGGACCGAGCAAUUGGUGGCCACGCAACAACAAAAGACGGAAUCGAUCAAGAAGGAGACCGAAGCCCUGAAAGCUGUGGCGGAUGCAGAGCGACAAAAACGAGUUCUGACCAUUGAUCUGGAGAAAAAGAUUCUACAAAAGGAGACGGAAAGAAACGUGAGCAAGAUCAACAACGAGAUCCUCAAGGAGCAAGAGGAAAACGUGGCUCGAGUGGAAAAUUUCAAGAAGAAGCAGGCGGCUGAGGCUAAUCAAGUCUUGUACUCGGACAAUUACGUGAAGCUAGAAAUGGCCAAGGCCAUCAGUAACAACACCAAGUUCUAUUUCUCGGGUGAUCAAAGUGCCCUGGGAGCGAUAUUCAACAAGAUCUUGUCAAAUUGAGUCGGACCAAAUAUAUUUGUGUUUUUAUCCAAACUA